AUGGCUUCCCGUGCACUUUUCAACACCCAACUAACACGCUCUCUAAAGCGUCCUGGUGUGCGCUUCAAUACUACAUUCAACUCAAAGUUUGCUCGUGAACGUGAUGCUGUCAAGGAGCAUGCUGGCAAGGCUGCUGAUACAUGGAAGAAGAUCAGUCUCUUUGUCUGCAUUCCUGCUUUGCUUGCAACCGGUAUCAACGCUUACAACCUUGCCAUGGCACAUGAAGAACAUUUGAAGCAUCAUCCACACAAGUGGGUUCAUUAUCCAUACUUGAAUAUGCGUGCACACGACUUUUUCUGGGGACCCGAAUCUCUCUUCUUCAAUCCCAAGGUCAACCACCCAGCUACUGAGGAUUAG